AUGACACGCGUUCUACUCACUGGAGGCUCUGGCUUCAUCGCCGCACACACGCUCGAUGUACUUCUGGCGCGAGGCCACUCGGUAGUCACAACAGUCCGCACGCAAGAAAAGGCAGACAAGAUCAAGGCAGCGAACCAAAAAUACGCAGACAAAGGCCAAUUGAGCUUUGCCAUUGUUCCCGACAUUGCACAGGAGGGCGCAUUUGACAAGGCCAUCGUCUCAGACCCGCCAUUCGAGGCUGUCCUCCACACAGCUAGUCCGUUCCACUUUAACGUCACCGACGUGAAGAAGCUGACAAGACAGGAUCUUCUCGACCCAGCGAUUAUCGGAACAACGGGCAUCCUAAAGUCGAUCAAGAAGAACGCCCCCUCAGUCAAACGCGUCGUGAUCACAUCGUCUUUUGCCGCUAUCGUUGACGGCAGCAAGGGUUCCUGGCCUGGUCAUGUCUACUCGGAAGAAGACUGGAAUCCCAUGAGCUUGGAAGAUGGCGAGGAGAACCCAAUGAUGGGGUACCGAGCUAGCAAGACCUUUGCAGAGAAAGCAGCGUGGGAGUUCAUCGAAAAAGAGAAGCCCAGCUUCACCUUGUCAACGAUCAACCCGCCCAUGGUGUUUGGUCCAAUCAUUCACGCUCUCGACAGUCUCGAGAAUCUGAACACAUCGAACCAGCGCAUCGCAGCAGCCGCUCAAGGUAAAUUCAAGGACGAGAUUCCACCUUCAGGCGUACAUCUCUGGGUAGACGUGCGCGAUGUCGCCGAGGCACAUGUCGCCGCGUUCGAGAAGCCUGAUGCUGCUGGCAAGCGCUUCUUCACAACCGCGGGAUACUAUUCGAACAAGGAGCUCGUAAAGAUUAUCAAGAAGAACUUCCCUGAGUUGAAGGACGUUCCAGACGAGUCGGUACCCGGCGGCGACUACCCGGAAGGCACACCAGACAAGGGCUUGUACAAGUACAACAACAAGCGAACGAUCGAGGUACUAGGUCUGAACUACAAGAGUUUUGAGCAAUCUAUCAUCGAUACGGUCAAAUCGUUGCAGGCGAAGGGGUUGUAG